AUGAGUGCUCACAAUAAUGUUGUGGUUGCUAUGGAGGCAUUUAAAAAUCAAAAGGCUUCCAUUGCUAUUGCUUUUUCUAAACAAUCUGUGACAACUAUGAGUGCUUAUAGGAAGAGAUUAGAGGCUUCAAUUGAAACUGCCAGGUGGCUUUUGGUUGAAGGGCUGCCUUUUCGUGGUCAUGAUGAAAAAGAAACUUCAAUAAGUAGGGGUAAGUAUUAUUCAUUGUUGACACUCCUUUGUGAACAUGAUCCCGAUUAUAAAAAAGUUGUUCUCAAAGCGGCUCCUGGUAAUUGUCAGCUCACAUCUCCAAAAAUCCAAAAGGAUAUUAUCAAUGCUUGUGCCAAAGAGACAACUAAGGCAAUUCUUGAAGAACUUGAUACUACUUCCUUGACUCUCAAAACUGCCAUUGAGUCUUUACUUAUGGAGUAUUCUUUGACUCUCUCUAGAGUUCGGGGUCAAGGUUAUGACAGUACUAGCAAUAUGCAAGGUUCGAUCAACGGCCUUAAAACUUUGAUAUUGAAUGAAUCUCCAUGUGCAUACUUUGUUCAUUGUUUUGCUCAUCAGUUACAGUUGACACAAGUUGCUCUUGCUAAAAAGAACUCUGAUUGUGUUUGGCUAUUUGUUGAUGUCCUUGCUCCCUUGUUGAAUUUUGUCAGUGGUUCACCAAAAAGAAAAGAAUUUCUUCGGGAAAAACAAGCUCAACGUGUUGUGGAUGCAUUAUCCUUUGGUGAACUUGAAACGGGAACGGGUUUAAAUCAAGAACUUGGCUUAGGAAGACCUUGUGACACUCGUUGGGGGUCUUACUUUAAAACAAUCUUGAAUGUUCUUGAUUUAUAUCCCUCGAUCCUAGAGUCACUUGAUGCCAUUGGAGAAGUUUCUGUUACACUUGAUGUGAAUAGAGCUCAAUGA